AUUCUCGGGUGUAGAACUAGCUACUUGUACCAGUGUGGGAAAAGUUAAAAAAAAAAAAUCCUUUUCUUUAUAUAUGCAAAAAUAGAUGUACUCUGCUAAGCAUUUAUUCUUUUGCAUUUCCUUUACAUUUCUUCAAAAAAAAUUCCACGCGUAGCUGUACUGCCAAUUCAAGUUGAAAGAUUCCACGCGGUCAUUAAGUUCUACUGUUAAUGACUUUUUACAAAAAGAACCUUUCAGAGAAAAAACACGAAAGAUAAAGUGUGUUCAUUUUAAAGAGAGUAAGUACGAGAGAAGGCAAGUGGAAAGGAAAGUGAGAGAAGCUGCCACGAAAGUGUACACAUGACCAUAUUAGCUUUUCCUUCAAAGAAGUUGCCAAGAAGUGUAGAAAGCAAAGAGGGAAAAUAAGAUGCAACCGUACUAUAGCUUUAUGUAAAUGGAACAUCUGUUAGUGUUUCCCUAUUGCAACUUCACACUAACACUAAUACUCUUCAUUCUCAACAAGUUAAUUUGCUUCCACUGUUGCCAGUUGCAAUGGUUUCUAAGGCCAUCAUCCAAUGCAGCUCUUCUUCAUCUCACGUGAUGAGGACAUAUGAUGUGUUUGUCAGCUUCCGCGGUGAAGACACGCGUAACAACAUCACUUCGUUUCUCCUUGGAAGUCUCGAAAGCAAAGGCAUCGAUGUCUUCAAAGAUAAUGAAGAUCUCAGGAAAGGCGAAUCCAUAGCACCCGAGCUGCUACAAGCCAUUGAAGUGUCUCGCAUUUUCGUUGUGGUCUUCUCAAAGAACUAUGCUUCUUCAACUUGGUGCUUGCGUGAACUAACACAUAUCUGCAAUUGCACUCAAACAUCGCCAGGAAGUGUUCUGCCUAUUUUUUAUGAUGUUGAUCCAUCAGACGUGCGAAAACUGAGUGGAUCUUAUGAGGAAGCCUUUGCCAAAUAUAAAGAAAGAUUCAGAGAAGACAGAGAGAAGAUGAAGGAAGUGCAGACAUGGAGAGAAGCCCUGAAAGAAGUGGGCGAACUCGGUGGUUGGGAUAUCCGAGAUAAGUCACAAAAUGCAGAGAUUGAAAAAAUUGUUCAAACCAUAAUAAAAAAAUUGGGUUCCAAAUUUUCAAGUCUUCCGAAAGAUAAUCUAGUUGGGAUGGAAUCUCGUGUUGAAGAAUUAGUAAAGUGUUUGCGUUUGGGGUCUGUUAAUGAUGUUCGAGUUGUUGGAAUUAGUGGCAUGAGUGGAAUAGGAAAGACUGAGCUUGCUCGUGCUUUGUAUGAAAGAAUCUCUGAUCAAUUUGAUGUUCAUUGUCUUGUUGAUGAUGUAAGCAAAAUUUAUCAAGAUUCUGGUAGAUUAGGUGUACAAAAACAGUUACUUUCUCAGUGUCUAAAUGAAAAAAAUCUAGAGAUUUAUGAUGUUUCCCAAGGAACAUGUUUGGCAUGGAAGAGGCUACAAAAUGCAAAGGCACUUGUAGUUUUUGAUGAAGUUGUUAAUGAAAGACAACUACAGAUGUUUACAGGGAACAGAGACUCUCUAUUACGCGAAUGCCUAGGUGGAGGGAGCAGAAUCAUCAUAAUAUCUAGGGAUGAACAUAUAUUGAGGACACAUGGGGUAGAUGAUGUUUACCAAGUCCCAUUGUUGGAUAGAGAAGAAGCUGUUCAGUUGUUUUGCAAAAAUGCUUUCAAAGAUAAUUUUAUUAUGAGUGGUUAUGCAGAGUUUGCAGAUGUUAUACUGUCACAAGCUCAAGGCAAUCCCUUAGCAAUUAAGGCGGUGGGCUCAUCUUUGUUUGGCUUAAAUGCCCCACAGUGGAGAAGUGCAGUGGCUAAGCUAAGAGAACAAAAAAGUAGAGAUAUUAUGGAUGUGCUGCGAAUUAGUUUUGAUGAGUUGGAUGACACAAACAAGGAAAUAUUUCUAGAUAUUGCUUGCUUCUUCAAUAAUUUUUAUGUGAAAUCUGUAAUGGAAAUUCUAGAUUUUCGUGGAUUUUACCCCGAACAUGGCCUACAAGUUCUCCAAGACAGAUCACUCAUAAUCAAUGAAUAUGGGAUCAUUGGAAUGCAUGGCUUGUUGAUAGAUUUGGGCAGGUGCAUUGUUCGAGAAAAAUCACCUAAAGAGCCAAGCAAUUGGAGCAGAUUGUGGAAGUACCAAGAUCUCUAUAAAAUCAUGUCAAAUAAUAUGGCAGCAGAGAAACUUGAAGCCAUCGCUGUUGAUUAUGAAUCAGAUGAUGAGGGGUUUCAUGAAAUAAGGGUCGAUGCUUUAUCGAAAAUGAGUCACCUUAAGUUGCUCAAACUUUGGGGUGUGACUUCUUCUGGAAGCCUCAAUCAUCUUUCUGAUGAAUUAGGAUAUAUUACUUGGGAUAAAUAUCCUUUCGUAUGUUUGCCUAAAAGUUUUCAGCCAAACAAACUAGUUGAGUUGUGCCUGGAAUACAGCAACAUCAAACAUCUGUGGAAAGAUAGAAAGCCUCUACACAAUUUGAGACGUUUGGUUCUCUCUCAUUCCAAAAAUCUAAUCGAGUUGCCAGAUUUAGGGGAGGCUCUAAAUCUUGAGUGGCUAGAUCUGAAAGGAUGCAUAAAACUCAAGAAGAUUAAUCCAUCCAUCGGUCUUCUAAGAAAGCUGGCUUAUUUGAAUUUGAAAGACUGCACAAGUCUUGUUGAGUUACCACAUUUCAAAGAGGACCUAAAUCUUCAACAUCUAACUCUUGAAGGAUGUACACAUCUCAAGCAUAUCAAUCCAUCCGUCGGUCUUCUAAGAAAGCUUGAAUAUUUGAUUUUGGAAGACUGUAAAAGUCUAGUAAGCUUACCCAACAGCAUAUUGUGCCUCAAUUCACUUAAAUAUUUGAGUCUAUAUGGCUGUUCAGGACUGUAUAAUAGCGGGUUAUUAAAAGAACCUAGGGAUGCAGAGCUUUUGAAGCAGCUGUGUAUAGGUGAAGCUUCUACUGAUUCCAAAUCAAUAUCCUCCAUAGUGAAAAGGUGGUUUAUGUGGUCUCCACGUUUGUGGUAUUCCAGAGCACAUAACGACUCAGUUGGUUGUCUGUUGCCUUCCGCGCCAACUAUCCCACCAUCUAUGAUUCAACUUGAUCUAAGUUACUGCAAUUUAGUUCAAAUCCCCGAUGCUAUUGGAAAUUUACAUUGCUUAGAAAUCCUAAAUUUAGAAGGAAACAGUUUUGCAGCACUGCCUGACCUCAAGGGGCUUUCCAAACUGCGUUAUUUAAAAUUAGACCAUUGCAAGCACUUGAAAGAUUUUCCUAAGCUCCCUGCACGAACUGAUUUGUCAUACACUUUCCUCUUACCAAUACUGGGAAGAGCAGUAGAACUUCCAGUUUGGGGAUUUAGUGUGCCUAAAGCACCAAAUGUAGAACUUCCAAGAGCAUUGGGAUUAAGUAUGUUCAAUUGCCCAGAAUUAGUUGAGAGGGAAGGCUGCAGUAGCAUGGUUUUAUCAUGGAUGAUACAAAUUGUUCAGGCGCACUACCAAAGCAAUUUUGCGUGGUGGCCUAUAGGAAUGCCUGGAUUUUCCAAUCCAUACAUUUGUAGUGUUAUUCCAGGAAGUGAAAUAGAAGGGUGGUUCACCACUCAGCAUGUGAGCAAGGACAACUUAAUAACCAUAGACCCACCUCCCCUUAUGCAGCAUGACAAAUGCAUUGGCGUUGCUUAUUGUGUAGUAUUCGCAGCUCAUUCAACAGAUUUGGAGAUGGUUCCUCCAGAAACAGAACGAGGUUAUCCUGUUAUGGGCAUCGUUUGGAUUCCGGUGGAUGUUCAUGAAGAUGUAGUCACAGACAAAUCAGAUCACCUGUGCUUAUUCUAUUCGCCUACGUAUAUAGGAAUUGGAGACUGGAAAUUAAAAGUGAAAAUAAUGGACAAGAAAGGUUUUCCUGUGGAGGUGAAGAAAUACGGGUAUCGUAGGGUACAUGAAGAGGAUCUAGAUCUAGAACCAUCACUCAACACAGCAGGAAUCCGGAAGAGGAAAAGGGGAACUGAUGAAUAAAAUGAUUGUUUUGGUUGUUAGAGAAUAAUACAAUUUUUUUAUCCUUUUUAUGUAACUUUAACGAAGCCAGUGAAUUAGUAUGCUUUUACUAUAACAUUGUCGAAGACGGAUUAGACCUCUGAAUCAGGUUUGAUUGGUUAGAUUUGUUAAAGUUUUGUCUAAACUGUAAUUAGACUUUGGCCUAUCACCUUGUCUAGGCAAAUUGUUUUUGCUUAAAAUUAUAUAUGAAUUUAAAAUUGAUUCUAUGAUGAA